AUGCAAAGAACGCGCUACCUAGUCUUAUGGAGGGGAUGCGGAGGGGGAGUCAGCAGGAAGGGACCCAUAAGGAACCUCACAACAGACCAAGUGGGAGACUACAAAAGGAAGAAGAGCGCCUUCGAAAUGUGGAAAUGCCAUAGCGCAGAAACAUACACAGCCGACUUAUCAUUUCAUGAUAGCUUUAAAAUUAGUGAAGAUAAAAAAUUGCUCCUCAGCACAAGAGUAAGCAAAUAUAAGAACGUGAAAAAUACAAACAUCAAAUAUGUGUUUCUCUUUCUAACGUUUAGCCAGCCAUGCUGCAACCAUUUUAUGUGUAAAACGAACCCGAAGAAUGGAAUCCCCACACAGGUGCUAGCCAAACUCAACUACCUCCUCUUGAUAAAGAAAAUACUCUCAAAUGAUUCUACACAAAAUAGGUUCGUAAAUUUUCUCUACUUGAAUUAUGUGUUACCGAGGAGGCAAAGAGAUGCAGUUUUACUCGAUGAGGAAGUGAAGGAUGACACGUACGUUGGUUCUCCCCCGGAUGGGUACCCUCCCCCGUCUGGUACGAAAUUUCGGGAAAGGGAUCACACUCAGAGGAGUUCGCAGGAUGGCAAUUUCCACCAACAGAAACAUACCAAUUGGGUUGAGCCCCCCCGACGCUUGACCAAUUUCAGCCUAAAAAAAAUGAGGCAGCUGUUCCAAAGAGGAGAGUACGAAAUUGUUAUACACAGUAACAUAAAGAAUAGGCUCCUGAAGCACGUUUAUGUGGACGACCUAGAUGGCCAAAUAAAGACGCAGAUUAAUUACCUGAACAUGUUUCUCAACCAAGCGACGGACAAAACGAUGCUACUACAACUGUACUCCUUUGUGGAAUAUUUUUUUGACCAAAUGGGGAAUCAAGCGAACGAGUUUUUAUUUUUCCUGGACAGACUAGCCGAUAAUCUAUUACCCAAAAUGAACCUGGUAGAUGUAGCCUUCAUCUUUCACAUGCAUAUAAAGUUGAAUUAUUACAAUCAUUUGUUUUUAUUUAUGUUGGUACGAAAAAUGGAGCUUCUUUUCCAUUCCAUGUUGACAUAUUCAGAAGGGAAUGAAGAACUAGCAAAUUUGUACAUGCGCAAAAUAAAGUAUAACCAGAAAUCCCUUGUCAUUUUUUUUCAUUCCUUAACAAAUUAUUUUUUUUACCUGAACCAACUUGAAGGCGGGACCAGAUACAAAGACAAACAGAUACACAUCAAACGUUUCCUUUAUGGAAAACUGGGGGCACUGCACGUCCUGCAAAACUUGGAGCGAAAUUACCAAUCGUAUUCUGUACUAGACUACACCUUGGUUUUUGCCUCCCUCAACAAAUUGGGCAUACAGAAUAAGCUACUCAGUUCGGUUCUACUAGACUAUAUAGAUAAAAUGGGAUCCUUGCUGCCGACAAAUGGUAAUUCGAAGAAAGGAAGACUCAGCCCCUUGACCACUGCCCUCAGUGGGGGAGGCAACCUGCAUCUGUAUGCCUCCCUUUUGAGCACCUUUACAAAGUGCUUCACAUCGUAUCAAUACUGCAGGGAUGAAUACGAGAAGGUCAUGCGGGUGUUACUUAUCCUGUUUGAAAAUGGCCUCUGGGUUAUCUCCAAAUUGUUCGUCAGUGAAGGGAAGUAUGUGCUUUGCUCCCCCCGAUGUGACUACGACAUGGGCGGUUUCAGGGGGCCUUUUAACAGAAGCCACUCAUCCGUGGAGGAAUUUCCCUCACAAAAUGUUACAUCUCAAAUGGAUGAACAGAUUACAAGCGACAAUGCACCAACCUGUAACAAUGAUCCCCCCAGGGGGGCACAUUUACAUGAAGAACCUACCUAUGUUGCCUUCAUUAGGGUUUUACAGAUGGAGAGGAGAAAAAGCAAAGUGUGUAAUAUAUGGGAGGAACCCCCGUCACAAGAAGCAUGCAAUAAAAGUAACCUGUCAGGUGGAGAAGGGAAUUCCCCAGAUAGACCCGUCCACCAGACCGAAGUAGAAAUAGAAACAGAUAGCCAUUGCAAAACUGUAUACCAUGUGAAAAAGGUCCGAGCUAACAUCAAGUACAUCGUUAAUUGUCUCAACUCGACCUACAAAUUGGUUAACAACUUCAUUGAAGUGUUUCAAAUUAAAGAACACAGCAAGCAGUUCAACCGAAUUGGUCUGUACAAUUUUACCAAUAAGCUCAUUUAUAAGAAAAAAAAGGUCCAUUGUCCUGGAGAUUAUUUGCAUAAGCUGCACAGCUGUACUGUGCAUGGAAGCAGGCUGUUCGACUACCCAGACGGGGGGGUGCACAUAAAUCGGUUGUUUAUGUGCGCCUAUUUGAAGAGUUUCCUGCUCUGUGAUUUGGUUAAUGUGUAUGUAGGGGGAAUGGUCGAGGGGUUACAUGAUGUGAUGCCUCCAAAGAACGAAGUAACGAACGCAGUAACGAACGCAGUAACGAACGAAGCAACGAACGCAGUAACGAACGAAGCAACGAACGAAGCAACGAACGAAGCAACGUUCUUCUCCCAGCUGGCCGCAAACACCCUGGGGGCCAUUCAAAAUUUGAAGCUGCUACGGUACGACAUUUUUGCUAACAUCGCACACAUCCUCAGAAGGAAAUACUUCAAACUGGACGUGGUGAAUGUAGGAAAUAUAAUUCACUCGUUCGCCUCCGUCAAGUUGAGGGAUGUGCAGAUAAUCGAGCUUCUAACCAACCAGUUGGUAUCUCACGCAAAUGACAACCUGGGCAGCGACCACGAGAUAGGUGAGCAGACACUCAGCAAUGUCUCCAUCUCCCUAUUAAAAAUUGAUUUGCCGAGCGAAAAAUUUAACGAAAUUGUUUUCAGAAAUUACAAAAGGGUCCAAUCUCUGCACUCACUCAUAAAUAUCACCCUCUACUUAUGCUACUACAAUUUCAUCAGUUCAUUUGUGCUACAAAAUAAUUUUACUCACCUUUUCAAUCGUGUGAAUAUAGCAGAUAUGCACAUGUUGACCGUCCAAAAUCAGACACAGUUACGCCUCAUCGCUCUUUUAACUCUGUAUGUGCAUCAAUAUUCUGUUGCGGAGGCAGAGAAGUGGGAAGGUCCAAAAGGGGCAAGGACCACCAAUGAAAAGAUUUGCACCCAUUUGAAUGAACUUCGAAACGUCCUUCAAAUCUCACAAAGUAACCAAGGACAAACUCACACCACGGAAGAGAUGUACAACGUGGCACACGUGGCAGGGGGAAGACAAAGAAGCGCAUUUCCUAACUCAAGCUGCACAAAUGCCGUCCCCUCCUCCAUAAACAUGUUCGAAAUUUUGGCACAUAAACGUAUGAAUAACCCACCAAUGAAGACGACCCUGCUGUUAAGUGAGAGGGACUACUUAAACCUCCACUUAAUCUCUGCAUUUCCCUUUUCCGUACCUCCCAUUGAAACUACCUCCAGCUUGCACGAUGAAAUAUACGACGUCGUGGCGUCACUGCGUCUUCCACGUCGGCUGACCAAGGAGUUGCCACACUACCCCUACUGCGUCGAUAUAGUUCUCGCCUAG